UUUCUUCACUUUUCCGUCCCUCUUCUCCUCUCCCUUCCUUUUUUGUUUCUCCCCUUUUCUCCUCUCCUUUCCCCCCCUCAUCUUGUCUUCUUUGUCGUCCCCUUUUCUUUUUUAUUCACCUUCUCUUCCUUCUGCUCCCCAUCUCUUCUCCUCUCUUUCUUAUCCCCACUCAUCCUUUUCUUUUUGUUUUCCCUCCUCUUUCCUGUUUCUUCCUCCCACUCUCAUGUAUUGUCCUCCUCUCCCAUCUAAAACCUUCCUCUCAUCUCUCAUUUCAUAUCUCCUCUCUUAUCCUCUCAUCUCCUGUCUUCGUCCUUUCCUUCUCUCCUCUCUUGUCUUCCUCACUUCCCUCUCCUCAUCCCUGUCUCUCUUUUGCUUCCUCCCACUCUUUCUCAUAGUGCCCUCCUCUCCUCUCUAAUACCUUCCUCUCAUCACUCACUCCAUCCACCUCUCCUCCCUUCACUCCCUCUCUCUCUCUUCCCUUUUUAAUUUCCUGACCUUUUCUAUACUCCUCUUCUUCUCCUUCAAAUAUCUCUUCCUCUCUGCCUCUCCUCUCCAUGCAUCUCCUACUCUUCCCUUUCAUCUCGCCUCUCUAUUAGUCUCUCUCUCUCUCUCUCUCUCUCUCUCUCUCUCUCUCUCUCUCCCCCCUUCCUCCUCCUUCCUUCCUCCUCCUCCUCCUCCUCUCUCCUCUGUUCCAGCAGUAGAGAAUCACUGAACAGCAGCGGCGGCAGCAGCAGUGUCACUCAGCACGGCAGCGACUCGCAUGAAAGUGAGGACCUCUGUUUUUUCUUUUUCUCGCCUCUUUUGUUUUCAUUUUUUUUCCACCACCUCCUCACCCUCUUCUCCACUCUCUCCCUCUUCCCAUUCAGUCUUGAUUUUAUUCCCCCAUCAUUUCUUCUCCACUUUUCAAUCCUUUUUUUUUUUCUGCCACAUUGAUCUUUUCUGGAGUGCAGCAGUAUGAGGGUACCAUGCAUUUCAAAUAGGGUUUCCAUCCUUGCUCCAACUAGAGCAUGUAUGUUUUAUUUUUCUUCUCUGCUUUUUAUUCCAUCUCAUUGGAUUUAAGUAGGCCAGUCUUGUAGCUUUAAUACAGUUUGUCAACCUCCGGGCUCAGAUGUGCUUAAGAAUGGAUAUUUUUACAGGUAGGACUUUUUAUAAUCCUAACUUAAAUCAUGCAAAUCCUUUUUGUGUUGCGGCAUGAACGCUGAGAUGGAGCAGUAUGUUUUGGCCAUGGCUGAGUAGUGCUGUGAGGAUUUGAGAUGUGUAUUUUAUAUUCUGAAAGAGAGCUAAUUUGUUUAUAGAAAUCUUAUAUUUUAAAGCUGGUGGGGAUACUAUUGGAGGGUUUUCUUCUGUAACCAAAGAGACAGCAUUUGUAUUUUUAUUUUGGCAGAUUCUUUCACUGGCUUUUUCUCAUUCUUUUUCUCAUUGUUGUACUUUCUGUUAUUUUCUCACUGGCUGGCAUAAAGACAGUCUGCAGUCAGUGAAGCACUGGAGUUAAAAACAUAAAAAACACAAAACAAAUGGGGAUCAUAAUGUCAGUCAUUUAAAAAAGGAUGGACUUAACGGAUGUAUUGUCGUCCGUAAUGGCCACGAUGCCGGCCACUUUACCACCAAACUCUUCCUUGGAGAACGACAACCAGACGUCGUCCUCCUCGCCGAGAUCUCCUCCUCUACCUCCUCACUCACAGGUGGCGUCAGUGUUCAUCGUGCUGGUGGUCACAGUCAUCAUCCUGGGGACCGUGGUGGGUAACGUGCUGGUCGUGGUGGCGGUGUUCACCAGCCGAGCCCUGAGGGCGCCUCAAAACCUCUUCCUGGUGUCUCUGGCUUCAGCGGACAUACUGGUGGCGACGCUGGUCAUCCCUUUCUCCUUGGCUAAUGAGAUCAUGGGCUACUGGUACUUUGGUUCCACCUGGUGCUCCUUCUACCUGGCUCUGGACGUCCUCUUUUGCACCUCCUCCAUCGUCCACCUCUGCGCCAUCAGCCUCGACCGCUACUGGUCCGUCACUAAGGCGGUGAGCUACAACCGCAAGCGGACGCCCAAACGGAUUAAAUCAAUGAUCAGCGUCGUGUGGCUCAUAUCCAUCGUCAUCUCCUCCCCGCCGCUCCUCAUGACGCAGAAAGACGAGGAUCUGGAGACGGAGGAGGAGAGCGGCGUCCGGCGGCAAGAGUGUCUCCUCAUGAACCAGACAUGGUACAUCCUCUCCUCCUGCCUCGUGUCCUUCUUCGCGCCGGGAGUCAUCAUGAUACUCGUUUAUUGUAAGAUCUACCGCGUCGCCAAGCAGCGAGCCUCCACCGUGUUCGUGGCGAAGAACGUGGUGGAGCGGCAGCCAUCGCAGUCCGAGACCUGCUUUGAGGGGACCGCCAGGACUUGCCACAGAAAGGGAACCGGCUGCGGUAAAUCCCAGUACGAGCUGGACAGCCCGCUGCCGGCGAACCGCCACAGCUCGUCCAACGUGGACAGCAACAGCAGCGGCCUCAGGAGAGGAGAGCUGGACGAUAUCGACCUGGAGGAGAAGAGCUGCGAAGCGGACACAAAAACGUCCUCCUCGUUUUCCUCCGCUCUUCGCUUUCCGAGGAGGACCUGCGGAAGCGUGAAAAGGGAGGAGGGGAAGGACUCAGAGGGAUCCACAAACCGGCUGAAGCCUCCUCCUCCUCCUCCUUCCUGCGCCUCCAUAUCGUGGGCCUCCUCCGACCACUGCUCCCACCACUUCCUCCUCCCAUCCCCAGUGCCUCUCCGCAGCAAGCAGAUGUCUCUGUCCAAAACCAAAGUGGCACAAAUGAGGGAGAAGCGCUUCACGUUCGUCCUGGCCGUGGUGAUGGGGGUCUUCGUCCUCUGCUGGUUCCCGUUCUUCUUCACUUACAGCCUCCACGCCGUCUGCAGGGAGAACUGCACGAUCCCCGACACGCUCUUCAACCUGUUCUUCUGGAUCGGAUACUGCAACAGCUGCCUGAACCCCAUCAUAUACACGAUCUUUAACCGAGACUUCAGGAGGGCCUUCAAGAAGAUUUUAUUUGAGACUCAUAAACGAACUUAAGAUGCGAAUGUACGUGUGUUUGUGUGAGGGCGCACACAGUUUUAAUCCUGUUUUCCACUGUGCUGUCAAACUGACAUUAAAGGGCUUGUCAUACAGCCUGA